CGCUCCCCCCAACAUCAUUUCCAGUAAAUGUCCUCACUUAAAAUUCUUUACGAAGUCGAGUUGUGAGGGGAAGCGAGGACGUUGCGAUAUUCUAUCAAGCCCUUGGUUAGAUAACGUUUAAGUCGAGUCCAUUAGCCAAGUUUUCGCGUGGAACAAUCCAUAAACUUUUAAAAACCGAUGGACCCCAACAAGGCAGCGAGCGCCCCUGAACCAGAGUGGAAUCCUGGGGAGAAAAACGCUCAGGGCAUGUCGGCCCCUCCGCCAUACCAAGACCACCCCCAGUACGACAACGCAGGCUACCCACCUCAGCCCGGACCUGGAUAUCCAGCCCAGUACCCAGGCUACUCAGCUGCCCCUCAGGGCUACUCAGCUGCCCCUCAGGGCUAUGUACCGCCGCCCCAGAAUGCGUACGGACAACAGCCCUACCCCAUGAGCCCCGGGCAGCAGUACCCAGCCCAGCCAGGGACUGUGAUGGUUCAGCCCACUGUCUUUGUGCACCGGGCUCCCCUGACGCAGCCGGUUAACGACUACCUGGGCUACUCCAUCUUCACCAUGCUCUGCUGCUGCCUGCCCCUCGGAGUAGCAGCCCUCAUUUAUUCCAUUUCGACCCGUGAUGCCAACAUGGCCGGCGACCAGAUCACCGCGGAGAGGAAGAGCAAUACGGCCCGAACGCUGAACCACGUGGCCCUGGGAAUCGGCCUUGCCUUCUCCCUGAUAAUGAUUAUCAUGACAAUCAUCCAAACAAUUGUCAUACACCGAGGCUUCAAUUAAUCUAAUUGUAUUAUCUCGGUAUAGUCAUACCGAGAUAUAUACGAGAUAUAUACGAGAGCGAUAUAUUGAUGCACUUCUUAUGACAAAUGUACUUAUUGUAAGUCGCUUUGGAUAAAAGCAUCUGCUAAAUGCCCUAAAUGUAAAAUGUAAAUGUAAUACCAUACUGGCUAAUCAGCCCCAAUCUGAGUUUGUUGAUCUUUUGAUCCAAUCAAGUAAUUUUGUUUUAAGGUGUAAGAUUGCGCUGUUGGUUUAUCAUUGGUAUUUUACUCAACAUUUACGUCUUUAACUAUGUAGCGUUAUAAGCAUAUGCUUAGGCGUUUUUAACACUGCAGCACUUUUUCAAGGAAAAAUGUUUAAUAGUUUCAUUUUAUAGUUAAAAAAUUUGAAUUUCGAAACCAACAAAGGAAAAUAAUUGCUGUUUGAAAGUUUUGUGCAUAUUAAUCAAUUUUGCAAAAAUGAUGUCCAUUUACUCCUGUAAAAUGUCAAAGCAAAAUCAUAUCAAAGCUAAUCAUAUCAACGCAAAUUAAUCAUUUUACAGUCUCUUGUCAAUCAGUGUUCCCUUUAGUUUUUUCUGCUCUGUCUUUGAUACAGCUCGCAGAACACGUGGACAUCCAAAAGUUAUAGUUCAACAUUGUGUCACUGCUGCAAAGCAUUUAUGCUUUCCACCAUAUUUUCUAUAUUCUAUGUUUCACUAAGACAUCCUCACAUUCUAUACCAUUUAAAUAAACACAUCUUUAACCUUG